UGUUUUCUAUCACUCUUUCUUUGCACUUUCACGCGUGUUUCCACACAUUUUUUUCUUUGACUUCACGUAACAAAUCCUCUUUAAAUUUCCAUUUCUCAUUUAUUCAUUUUCUUACCUUCAAUUACUUCUUACAUAUUUUUCUUAGUGAUUCCAAUAUGAAGUGUUUUUUCUUCAAACAUAAAUCAAAAUCAGACCCAGAUUUAAACCAUAAAAAGAAGAAAAACAAUGCAACAAAAAAAUCUACUAGUGCUCAUUCAUCACCAAGGAGUAUAAAAGAGUUGUACAAAGAGAAGGAACACAAUUUCAGAGUUUUUACACUAAGGGAGCUUAUAAAUGCAACAAAUGGUUUCAAUAAGGUGCUGAAAAUUGGAGAAGGAGGUUUUGGUAAAGUAUAUAGAGGAACAAUUACUCCUGAAAAUGGAAUUGGUAACUCAAUUGUGGUUGCAAUAAAAAAACUCAACACUCGUGGAUUUCAGGGGCAUAAAGAAUGGCUUGCAGAAGUUCAAUUUCUAGGAAUUGUGAAUCAUCCAAAUUUGGUUAAGCUUUUGGGAUAUUGUUCUGUUGAUGGUCAGAGUGGAAUCCAACGGUUGUUAGUGUAUGAGUUUAUGCCUAAUAGGAGUUUAGAAGAUCAUCUUUUCAGUCGUUCAUUACCUCUUUUGCCUUGGAAAACAAGAUUACAGAUCAUGCUUGGUGCUGCUCAAGGAUUACAGUAUCUACAUGAGGGAUUGGAAAUUCAGGUGAUCUAUAGAGAUUUCAAAUCAUCAAAUGUGCUGUUGGACAAGGAAUUCCAUCCUAAGCUCUCAGAUUUUGGUCUUGCUAGGGAGGGCCCAACAGGUGACAAGACUCAUGUCUCUACUGCGGUAGUUGGGACAAGGGGCUAUGCUGCACCAGAGUAUCUUGAAACAGGUCAUCUAAAAUCAAAGAGUGACGUUUGGAGUUUUGGUGUAGUAUUGUAUGAGAUUCUCACAGGAAGACGAACAAUUGAAAGAAAUCUUCCGAUAGCGGAACAAAAGCUUAUAGAAUGGGUUAAAAACUACCCUGCUGAUACUAGCAGAUUCAGCUUGAUUAUAGACCCUCGACUCACGAAACAAUAUUCUCUUGAUUCAGCUAGGAAAAUUGCUAAGUUGGCAGAUAGUUGCUUGAAGAAGAAUGCUGAAGAUAGGCCAUCAAUGAGUCAAGUAGUGGAAAAUUUGAAACAAGCAUUGGAAUGUUCAUAAAGUUAAACACUAGUUUGAACUCUCAAUUUCCUUGACCUGAGAUGGUUCCAAAUGUUGGAUUACUUAAUUAAAUUAACUAUAGAUUGGUUCCAAGAUAAAUUGAUGAAGAAUCAAAUAUAGUUAAUAAGAGGAACAUAUAAACGAGUCCUAAAUCCAUGCCCAAUCAUGUACAAAGCUUAUCCAUGAAGUUUAUACAGUGAUUAACUACUAUUGAAGUUCAUGUGUGAGUGAUUAGUUUCGUAUUUGACUAAAAUGAGUUAAAUGAGUGAUACAUAAGAAGCGACUCAUA